AUGGAAAAUCUCGAAAAACAAAAUGACCAUCCCUUCCACUUCCCCCACAUGCGCGCCGCCCACGGCUCCUCGUCCUCAGAACACGCCUCGGACGAAGUCACAUUCGCGCACCGCGAGCACGAGCAUGAGCAAAAUGCACGGAGCAUGGACCCGAACCCCAGCGCGCCGUACCCGUACCACCAGGAGCACGGCCCGCCCAUCGACAACGCGCUGAAGUACGCCGAGGCCGAGGAGGACUACCAGCACCACAAGAACCUGCUGUGGAGCCGCAUCAGACACCAUCUGCGCGACCCCUUUGCCGAGUUCAUGGGCACCUUCAUCAUGAUCCUGUUUGGCAACGGGAGCGUGGCGCAGGUCACCUUGAGCGCGAAUCCCAAGUUGCCCAAGAGCAGUCAGCACAAGGGCGAGUAUCAGUCCAUUUCUUGGGGUUGGGGCAUUGGCGUGAUGCUUGGCGUAUACGUCGCAGGCUGUGCUGGAGGACAUUUGAACCCCGCUAUCACGUUUGUCAACUGCCUGUAUCGCAAGUUUCCCUGGUACAAGUUCCCGCUCUACGCCUGCGCGCAAGUGCUGGGCUGUUUUUGCGGCGCGGCCGUCAUCUACGGCAACUACAAAUCCGCCAUCGACGCGUACGAGGGCGGCGCUUCGAUUCGCACUGUCCCAGGGUUCUCGGACCAUGCCACCGCGGGCGUCUUCUGCACCUACCCACAGCCAUUUUUGACCAAGACAGGCCAGGUGUUUUCCGAGAUCAUCUCUAGCUCGGUGUUGGUAUUCGUCAUCUUUGCGCUGAAGGAUGAUGCGAAUCUGGGAGCGGGCAUUAUGGUCCCCCUGGGGUUGUUCUUCUUGAUCUUUGGUAUUGGGGCGACGCUCGGUUGGGAGACCGGAUAUGCCAUUAACUUGGCUCGAGAUUUUGGGCCCAGGCUGUUCACGUAUUUUGUCGGCUAUGGGCAUGAAGUAUGGAGUGCCGGAGGGUAUUACUUCUGGGUUCCCAUGAUAUGCCCUUUCAUCGGAUGCACUUUCGGCGGCUUCUUGUAUGACACUCUGAUUUACACGGGCGAGUCGCCGAUGAAUACUCCAUGGAUGGGUAUCAAGCGGCUUGUCCAUCCCACGCGCAAGGGGAUUAUGGAGGCCAUUACUGGAAAGCCAGCCAAGGAGGUCUGA